GCCAACCCUAGAACGAAACAUUGAACGAUACUAGCCAAUCCACGGGCGGCAGGCGAUUAGCGGAAUAUGGGUGGAGAAAGUCUGUCGGCGUUAGUUCUUUUCGAGUUUGUAGUGUUUAUUUGUCCGUGAAAAACGAAAACAAUGGCGGAUAUUAAACGGGAGCGAGAUAUCGACAUUGAAGAAGAAGAAGAAGAGGUGCGAGUAAAAGUGGCCCGUACUCAUGACAGCGAAGACAAGAGAAGCCGACACUGUCCCUACCUCGACACCAUCAACAGGAGUGUUUUGGACUUUGAUUUUGAGAAACUGUGCUCAAUCUCCCUCUCGCACAUUAACGUCUACGCCUGUCUCAUCUGUGGGAAAUAUUUCCAAGGGAGAGGUCUGAAGUCUCAUGCCUACACCCACAGUGUUCAGUUCACACAUCACGUCUUCUUAAAUCUUCACACCCUCAAGUUCUACUGCUUACCGGAUAACUACGAGAUCAUUGACUCAUCUCUUGAGGAUAUCACUUAUGUGCUGAAGCCAACGUUUACCAAACAGCACAUUGCUAAUCUGGAUAAGCAUGGGAAGCUGUACAGGGCCUAUGAUGGCACGACAUACCUCCCUGGUAUUGUGGGCCUCAAUAAUAUAAAGGCCAAUGACUACGCCAACGUGGUCCUGCAGGCUCUGUGCAACGUGCCACCUCUCCGCAAUUACUUCUUAGAGGAGGAAAACUACCGGGAGAUCCGGCGGCCUCCCGGUGACAUCAUGUUCCUGCUGGUGCAGCGCUUCGGCGAGCUCAUGCGCAAGCUCUGGAACCCACGCAACUUUAAGGCCCACGUCUCGCCACACGAAAUGCUGCAGGCUGUGGUGCUUUGCAGUAAGAAGACCUUCCAGAUCACCAAGCAAGGGGAUGCUGUCGACUUUCUCUCAUGGUUUCUAAACGCACUGCAUGGAGCUCUAGGUGGAACCAAGAAGAAACCAUCUAUUGUCACAAAGGUCUUCCAGGGGUCCAUGCGUAUCUUCUCAAAGAAACUUCCUCACCCUGAUCUGCCUCCAGAGGAGAAAGAAGCACUGCUGCAUAAAGAGGAAUAUCAGGAGGAGAUGCUAGAGUCCACGUUUCUCUACCUCACCCUUGAUCUACCUACAGCACCACUCUAUAAAGAUGAGAAAGAGCAGCUGAUCAUCCCUCAGGUUCCUCUCUUCAACAUUCUGGGCAAGUUCAACGGCAACACGGAGAAGGAGUACAAAACCUACAAAGAAAACUUCCUCAAAAAGUUCCAGUUAACCCGACUCCCUCCGUACCUCAUCUUCUACAUCAAGCGAUUCACCAAGAAUAACUUUUUUGUUGAGAAGAAUCCUACCAUCGUCAAUUUCCCCAUCACUAAUGUUGACCUGCGUGAGUAUCUAACAGAAGAGGCCCAGGCUACAGAGAAAAACACAACCUACGACUUGGUAGCCAACGUAGUGCAUGAUGGGAAGCCUACAGAGGGAUCUUACAGAAUCCAUGUCCUGCAUCAUGGCACCGGGAAGUGGUACGAACUACAAGACCUUCAGGUAACCGAUAUCCUGCCUCAGAUGAUCACGCUGUCUGAAGCAUACAUCCAGAUCUGGAAGAGACAAAUGGUGGAUGAUGAUGGAGACAGCCAUACAGGAGCGUGAUGAUGGACCCUCACAGACAUGAUGACAAACCAGAAGUGCAGCACAUUUUCACUUCACUUUUCAGUAACAGAAAUAUGAAUUAUUUCCUCCAUUCAUUUGUAUGUGUGAAUGUUGUCCGUGUUUCUAAGAUUUUGUUUAUUAAACAAUUUAAUAAUAUA